AUGUCUUGCUACCGAGGUGAAGUCACUGCUGGCCAUCCUGAUUUCCCAGAGGGAAGCGCUGCUGUCUGCAGAGAAGCGUCCGGACCAGUGGACUUGAAUGCGCCUGACAUCAUCUACACUGCAGAAGAUGACAAGGCGAUCAAUCAAUUCCACCGCAACAUCACUUGGAACUUGUGCCAUGAAAUCGAGGUAGAUCAAGGAGUCGUCGACGCUCGACUAAAUGUAUACGGCGUGUCAAACCUGAAGGUCGCAGAUAUGUUCAUCUUGCCGUGGAACGUCAGCACGAAAACGUAUUCGACGACGCUUCUCAUUGGAGAGCGGGUUGCGAUGAUCAUUGCUGAAGACUUGGGUAUCAAUUGCAUUUGAUAUGCAUCUUUCAGGGAUGUAUUAUGGGCAUACGCCAACAAGGCAAACAGCUUGGUCCCCGGCCAGCUGGGAGAGCGGUAUCAAAGAAUUCAAAUAUUUUAUGUAUAGAUCUGCAGACUAUUUAUACAGGUCUCAGUAAAAGCUUUUUGGCAUGUAACAAUUGUUGCCGCGAGAAUCCUGCGUAUGCAAAUGGAAAGGUCUCGACAUCCUUGAAGCCAACCAAA